AAAGUCAAACUUCCAGCAAUCUAGCCUCCCUUCUCUCUAUAAAUUUGGUUCCGACGAAUCACUCUCUGCUACUACACCGUCUCUCCAGUUCCUAAACUACAGUUCCUUGCGUCUCUUUUCUCUCCUCACAAGCCAUGGCUGCUUCUCUCAGCUGCUCCUCUGAGCAGCUGGCGUCGCUCUUCGGCCCCAAUACCACCAACGCCGCCGCAGCGGCUGAAUAUAUCUGCGGCCAAUUCUCCACUGUGUCGAACAAAUUCGUCGACACCGCCUACGCUGUCGACUCCACGUACCUCCUCUUCUCCGCCUACCUCGUUUUCUCUAUGCAGCUUGGAUUUGCCAUGCUCUGUGCCGGCUCUGUUCGAGCCAAGAACACCAUGAACAUCAUGCUUACCAACGUACUAGACGCCGCCGCCGGCGGACUCUUCUACUACCUCUUCGGGUUCGCUUUUGCGUUUGGCACGCCGUCCAAUGGGUUCAUCGGCCGCCACUUCUUCGGCUUGAAGGAAAUGCCCUCCUCCUCCUACGACUACAGUUAUUUCCUGUACCAGUGGGCCUUCGCCAUAGCCGCCGCCGGGAUUACCAGCGGCUCUAUAGCUGAGAGAACUCAGUUUGUGGCCUAUUUGAUUUACUCUUCGUUUCUUACUGGGUUUGUUUACCCCGUUGUUUCGCAUUGGUUCUGGUCAGCUGACGGCUGGGCCAGCGCCUUUAACACCGGAAAUCUCUUAUUCGGAUCCGGAGUCAUCGACUUUGCUGGGUCGGGGGUUGUCCACAUGGUUGGGGGAAUUGCGGGUUUGUACGGAGCAUUGAUUGAAGGACCGAGAAUCGGUCGUUUUGACCAUUCGGGUCGGGCAAUUGCUUUACGCGGUCACAGCGCCUCUCUCGUGGUGUUGGGUACCUUCCUUUUAUGGUUCGGAUGGUACGGUUUCAAUCCCGGGUCCUUUGCCAAAAUUCUGUCACCAUAUACAAGUGGCAACUACUACGGCCAAUGGUCCGCCGUCGGUCGCACAGCUGUCACCACCACUUUGGCAGGCUGCACCGCCGCGUUGACGACUUUGUUCGGGAAAAGGAUUCUUUCCGGGCACUGGAACGUGACUGAUGUAUGCAACGGGUUGCUGGGCGGGUUCGCGGCCAUCACAGCCGGUUGCUCCGUCGUGGAGCCAUGGGCGGCGGUGAUAUGCGGGUUCGUGGCGGCGCUCGUCUUGAUAGGGUGCAACAAACUUGCAGAGAAGGUGAAAUUCGACGACCCGUUGGAGGCGGCCCAGUUGCACGGCGGGUGCGGGACUUGGGGAGUGAUCUUCACGGCGUUGUUUGCUACCGAGAAGUACGUGAACGAAGUAUACCCGGGUAAACCGGGUCGCCCAUACGGGUUAUUCAUGGGUGGUGGCGGAAGGCUUUUGGCUGCCCAUAUAAUCCAGAUUUUGGUGAUUAUCGGGUGGGUGACCGCGACAAUGGGUCCUUUAUUCUACGCUCUACAUAAGCUUAAUCUUCUUCGGAUCUCGGAGGACGAUGAGAUGGCGGGUAUGGAUCUGACCCGACACGGCGGGUUCGCUUAUGUAUACGAGGAUGAUGCACACAAAAACGGACUUCAAAUGAGGAGAAUAGAGCCAAGUGCGAGUCCAAACACGCUUUGAAGUUGGAAUUAUUUUUUUAAUUAUUAAGAUAAUUAUUUUCAAUUAUUUCUUUUGAAAUUUCUACUCUUUUGACUAGUUGUUCAUAUAUGAAUUAGGUAUUAAAAAAUUUCCGGAAAAAAAAAUUAAUUGUAAGCUUUUGCUUAAUAUUUAUUGGAUGGUUGUGAUUGAAGAUAAUGUGAACGAAGGGUGCGUGUUGAUUUUGAUGUAUCAAAGACUUUUCUUCUUCCAUGUUUGUUUUUUUCCUAGGAGUUGAACCCACUAGGAAACCUUAUAUUAUGGCCUCAUAAUUCGAAGUGGGACAACAUCACAUCCAAUUUUUGGACUUUUGGUA